GCAAGCCCAGUUCCCAGCCUGUCCAGCGCUACCGAGCCAUCGUCCCUACACUACGGAUUACAUACGAAUCAGAUCGGUGGUUCCCUGUCCACUUCCAGGUGAGGUUUGGUGCUACUGUAUCCAUUCCUCCAUGAUCACAUUGCAUGCGACUCAUCAAUGGCGCCCGGCGGCCACCGUCCCACUCCCAUUCCAAUUCCUGUCAUUUCCCCCAGUAUAGAACUCUCUCCCUCCUCCCCAGAGCAGGCGAACAGACCUAGGACUAGGAGUACGAGUAGGAGCAAAAGCUAUCACAAGAGCAAUACCAGCGCGCCGCUUCUGCAUCUGCCCCGCGAGCCCCUCGAGCAGUCGCGCGACCAGGAGGCGUAUCACCGCUUCGAGGAGCCUUUCUACGACCCCAAUCGUCUCUCGCCCGUAGCUGCCACAUUCCAGCAGAGUUCCGGUCUGUUGUCUCCCACCUACUUUUCUAACAUGGCCUCCAAUGGCUCGGCUGGCCACGGCGCCACCUUUACCAAGGAGAACACGCCCCCGAUCGAGAUCCCUAGCGCCGCCCCGAACCCAUUCAACUUCCAGACACAAGUGAUUUCUACCUCGCCAGUCAAGCCAAACGUCGGCCAACGUCGCGGCCACAGAUACAAGCACAGUUCCAUUUCAGCGCAACACCAGAUCUUCUUGGAGCCGCCGCCUCGGCCGCCAUUGGCCCUACCGCGAGACCUGCCCAUUCCGACGUGGAGGGAAGCAUGGAAGUCCAUGUCGACUGAUCAGCGGCGCCGACUGUACUGGUGUUGCUGCCACCUGGGCGUGGCAUUCUCCAUCUUUAUAUCCGCGCACAACUCGCUCGCCAUGACUGCCCUGUCGCAUCUGGUCUUCUUUGACGUCGGAAGCGCACUGAUCGGUGUCACGGUGGACGUCCUGGGAAACUUCGAGGUCUGGAAGCGAAGCAGUAUCCGCCACCCUUUCGGGCUUGAGCGCUCCGAGGUACUGGCUGGUUUCGCUACGAGCGUCUUCUUGAUAUUUGGUGGCUUCGACCUGGUGAGCCACAACCUUAAGCAUGUGCUCGAAGGGCUAGGAGACCACGAGUCCCACCACCCUGAUCCUCACAGCCACGGACCUCGAGUCCAGCCGGGACACUUGGAUAUCACCAGCCUGGUAGCUAUCAUCGCAACCCUUGUCAGCGCAUACGGGCUGAAGAAUCACGGGCGUAUCAGUAGAAUCAUGCGGACCAGCUACCUGGCCAGCCUGCCGAGCAUCCUGUCCAACCCCUUUCACUUCCUCACCUUGUCAACUGCAUUCCUGUUGCUGUUGCUACCGCUCCUCUCCAUCCCAAUAUAUGCAUGGCUGGAUAGCGCUGUCUGUGGACUGGUCGCCAUAUCCAUGUUCGCACUAGGAACGCGGCUAGCAAUAGCCCAGGGACUCAUGUUGCUCAUGUCUUACGGCGGUCGCUCUGGCACCUCUAGCAAGCACAAGGAUGUUGGCGUUGCCAAUAUUGUCAGCGAGAUCGAGACGGAGCCGAGCGUGGAGCGUGUGGAGGAGGCACAGUUCUGGCAGGUGCACUACGGAUUGUGCAUGGCCAACCUGAAGCUCUGCGUCUCAAAAGGCUGUGAUGAUGGGGCUUUGAGUAAGCUGCGGACGCGCAUAUCGAACUUGGUGCAAAAUAGAUUAGGCGAGGGGUAUGGCAAGGGAAAUAGUCUACGAUGGGAAGUCACACUUCAGACAAGGACUGAUGCUAAAUAGCACGGUUUGCACAUAUAUGAUGUGAGGAAAGGGGAUUAGUCCACGAGCAUGACGCUUCCCAUCGAGUCGGUCCGUUCUUACGAUAAGCAACACCUAGGCUAUAUACCCAUUUAUGUACGUUCAACCAUCGGACCAGUACCACAUGCCUCUUUUUGCCCUGUGUCGCAACCCUGAUGGACAACAUAUACAUGUAUAUACCUAUGUCCCAGGUGGGCAGCAGUAGCGUACUGUGCGUAUUG